GCAAACAGUUCGCUGAGAAGCAGCGGGGGGAGAGGAAUAAAAACCCUUUACCAGUUUCACCCCAAAGUUCUUGCCUUUGUUGUCUUUGGUGGAGAUUAGGUUCCCCCCAAAAUUGUACCAGACAGACACGCCUGUUGGUGACUUACCUAGUUCAUCAUCCCUUUGUUUCUGGGUGUUCUUCCUCGGUCUCUGCCUGGUUCUUUGUGUAGAGAGAGAGAGAGAGAGAGAGAGAGAGAGAGAGAGAGGAGAUGGAGAUGGUUUAUUACCAGGUGGGCAGGCCUUCGUAUCAGGACUCCGUCAAGGUCUUGGAGGCUGAUAUUCAGUAUGCUAACGCUCUUUGGAGUCUUCGAGUUUUGCAGGGCCGCUGCGAUUCCAAGGGCGAAGGGCGGUGCCCGUGUUCAGAUGAAAUUGGUCUACAAUCACUUGGCCCCGCUUUUCUUGUUCUUGUUGCAGUGGAUGGAUUCUUCCUGCACCUGUCUUCUUCCUAGAUACUUGAACCUCUUCCACAUUCUCAUAUACAAGGUUUACCCUGAUGGCAGACCGACCAUUUCGUCUUAUGGUAGGAAGGCAUCGAUAAGGGACUUUUAUGCUGUUAUUUUGCCGUCUCUUCAGAGGCUGCAAGGCAACUUGGACCAAGAGAUGGAUGAAGACAAUAGUGGCGGAAAGCACCUCUCUCUGGAGCCUUCAGGGAAGAAGAAACUCGAAGGAGACUUCAGGCUCUCUAACAUUGACUUGGACCGAGAGGAUGAGUGCGGAAUUUGCCUCGAAUCAUGCACCAAGAUGGUUUUGCCCAACUGCUGCCACUCAAUGUGCAUAAAAUGCUACCGCAACUGGAACAUCAAAUCGGAGUCGUGCCCUUUCUGUCGCGGGAGCCUAAAGAGAGUGAAGUCAGAAGAUUUAUGGGUGUUGACGUGUAACGAAGAUGUGGUCGAUCGGGAGACGGUCUCUAAGGAAGACUUGCUCCGAUUCUACCUCUACAUAAGUAGCCUGCCUAAAGAUGGCCCGGAUGCUCUGUUCUUAGUAUACUAUGAGUACUUAAUCUGAGCUGAAGCGAGUCAAGAAUUUGAUGUACAGCUAGAAACAAAACAAAAGAAGAAAAGCCGACCUCCAAAUGUAGAUAGAGUCAGGCUACUGAAUUGAGGGGUGAUUAAUUCGGCGUUGUACUUGUACCUGUUGACGUCUCUGAUCAUAAUGCUAAGAAUUCUUCAUCCCGGUGAUUGGCACUGAAUAUAUCUUUUCUCUGGUCUCAACUUC